UCCGUCCCGGCCCGCGCGCCGCGGGUUCAGACGGCCGCGGCCGCCGGACGCGCACCAUGGUUCUGGGCCCGCUGCGUCCGCUACCGCGGCUCCUGGUGCUGGGGCUCGGGCUGGCCCUGCUGGGCGCGGCCGCCGGGGAGCGAGUGCCAGGCACCACCCCCUGCUCUCGCGGCAGCUCCUGGAGCGCGGACCUCGACAAGUGCAUGGACUGCGCGUCGUGCCCGGCGCGACCGCACAGCGACUUCUGCCUGGGCUGCGCUGCGGCCCCUCCAGCCUCCUUCCCUCUGCUGUGGCCCAUCUUGGGGGGUGCUCUGAGCCUCGCCCUCGUGCUGGGACUGCUUUCUGGCUUCUUGGUCUGGAGACGGUGCCGCAGGAGAGAGAAGUUUACCACCCCCAUCGAGGAGACCGGCGGUGAGGGCUGUCCUGGCGUCGCACUGAUCCAGUGACAGUGAGAGCCCUUGCCAGCACCAGGCCCCACCCACUCAUCAUUCAUUGAUUAAUUGAUUCAUUCAUUCUGGAGCCAGCCCCCUCACCCCAGUAACAGAGCCAGACUCUUCCAACCACAGGGGUGUGGAGAUGGGGGACUGGUGAAUCACCUCUCUGAGGCCUCGGCCCAGGCUUCAGAGGAGGCUUCCAAGGUGUCUGACUGCCCUGUCUCUGGCUCUAGGACAGGAAAGGAGACCACCUGGUUCACCAGACAGCUGACACUAAGGAACUGCAGCAUUUGCACAAAGGGUCCCUCCGCUCCCAUGGCCUCAGGGCCAGGCUGACCUGAGGGCCAGACAACACCAGGCCCCACCCACUCAGAUGUGCUGAAAUUCCACCCUGGGGUCUCUGUCUGGGGGGUUAGGGACCUGUUGCUAACACUAGGGGGCUGGCCCUCUAGGGGGGCUGGCCCUAAGACACUGUCCCCCCCAACCCCCAAAGGGGGGGAAAUAUUUAUUUUGGGGAGAGAGUUUGGAGGGGAGGGAGAAUUUAUUAAUAAAAGAAUCUUUAACUUUAAAUG